UGGAAGAUCCACUAAGACAUGGAAGAUCCACUAAGACACGGAAGAUCCACUAAGACACAGAAGAUCCACUAAGACACAGAAGAUCCACUAAGACACGGAAGAUCCAUUAAGAUACAGGAGAUCCACUAGGACAGUCAGCUCAUCUAUAGACAAUUCAUCACUGGCAAAGAAUCUGGAUGAAGGGGGCCAAACAAACAUACUGUUGGAUUUGUCAAAGACUUUCGACAAAGUCCCACACCGAUGCCUUCUCAAGAUGAGCCACUUAUAUGGAGUUAGAGGAAAAUUUUUAAAGUGAAUAGAGGACUUCCUUCGUGAUGUAACCCAAUAAGUUUUAUAAGAGGGUCACAUAAAUCCCAUCCUUUGGAUAUUAACAACCUUUUACAGGCCACCAAUUUGGAUGCAGGACUGUUUGCUGAUAACUGCCUAGUCUAUCGAAAGAUUCGGAACCAGAGAGGACCUCGCAUCACUGUAGACAUGGGAAUAGAAAUCGCAAAUGUCUUUCCACCCAGAGAAGUACUCAGUCAUCCGAAUAACCAAUAUGCGUCAUCCAUUGCAAACCUAUUAUAAAGCUCCACAGACACAAUCUAAAAAUAAUACCAUAUGGAAAAUAUGGGGGUGACAAUUAGUGAGGACUUGCACUGGUUGAGGUAGAUCAACAAUACUGUCAGCAAGGCAAACAGAACCCUCAGUUGAGAGUUUAAUGAAAUCAUGUGGUGGUCCAACUCAGUAGUUUGAGUGGAAAAGACAGUAGUUGCAUGUACAUUUAUCUUGAACUGAAAUCUGACAAGAAAAAGCCAGCGGGUGUACAAGAUGACAGGAAGGUGGGAGUGGCCAACCCUGCCUACACGGAUGGAGAGGGGGAUCUCGGUUUGGCUGAGCAAGGUGUUGGAGGCUACAUACAGUGCAGAGAAUACCCUACCAGCAACCAGGGCCAGAGCCAACCUGUUACCAAGUCCUCUGCCAAGCAGAAAUCAUGGUCUCCCAGCUCUAAGUCCGACCUCCCACCAGGAAAACAGGGGUCACAUGGAUCUCUUGAUGACCUCUGUAUGGACCCAGAAAUUACCAGUGUGUGGUUGCAAAGUCAGGACUUUGUCGGCCUCGGAUUCAACAUCGCAGGAAGCAUGAGGGACGGAAUAUUUGUCAGCCAAGUUCACAAUCGUGGACCUGCAGUCGAAUCGGGGAAGUUUCAUGUUGGUGACCGAAUAUUGAGUGUAACUGUGUCCUUUGAGAACAUGGUGUAUGAAGAUGCCCUGACCAUUCUCAGCUAUGCUUCUCCUUACCCAGUCAAAAUCACACUACAGGAAGAGCGACCAUCAAAGACAAAGGACAGAAGGAGCGGUCACCAAAAAACGAUCCUCAGUCACCCCCUAUAUCGGAGCCAGUCCAUGGACACCCUCCUCAAGAUUAAUCGAGAGCCCAUCUACACACCAAAGAGAAGCAUGAGUGAGAUGAGACAACCGAAGGAAGUAUUGGACAAUGUGAAGCAGUCACUGAAAGUCAAUGUAGACUCUGACAACAGACACAGCAACAUUGCAGAACACUCGCCAGAAAUUCACGUCUCAGCAGAUGUAGAGCAGUCCUCAGUCCCAGCAGAGAAGCAACCAGUGACUGUCCUGGUGCCGCCACCUGCUGGUGAGGAAAACGAGGAUGAGAAUGAUGUUCCUCCCCCUCAGCCCACCAUUCCACCUCCACCCCUGGAGUUUAAUGACAGGGUGGAUGGUGAGGUCUCCUCCCCAAAUCCUGCCACCACAGAAAUACAGUUUUCAGAUCCUUUUGAAAAUCUAAAUGAACAGGACAAAUUAGACAUGUUGCGUUUGUCGUAUGAAGACCCAGAUGACAAAAUUGAUAAAGAAGAUUUGGAUACCAGUUUAUCUGACUCCAGAGAACAAGCGCUGGCUGAUGUUUCAUUCCAUUCGGACAGUACCAUCACUGAAGUGGAACCCAAAUCUCCGACUCCUAUAAAACCAGAAAGAAAGAAAAAGAAGUCCUCCAGCGAGACGUCGAGUGUGUCCUCUUUAGAUGAAGCUGGCGAUGGUCAGAAGUCUCCCAGAGACGUAAUGCCAGAUAUUGUGGAGGAUCACAUUUCUAUGUCACUUUCAGGUGUGGUAAAUGCUGCACCAAGUUCAGAAGAUUCUGAGGUUUUUGAGGAUGUUAUCACUCCUCAGAAAUCAGACAGGCCGAUAAAAAUAUCUGACAAAAUUCAGUUGUCAUCAUUGGAUGUGUCUGUGACUAGUGUUGGAGAUAUUCAGGAUUCUCCCACGGAGGCCAGUAGGACAUUAGUAGACUACAGUCUCUCGGACAUGGAGAGCACGCUCCGCCCCCAGACACCAGAGACCCAGGCUACAAUAGAGGAAGACUUCAUUACACCGGUGCAGGUCAAAAAAGGUGAACUGGAAUCGUCGAUGUCACGGUAUUUUGACUCUAGUAACACCUCAACCUCCACCGUAGAAAACAUGAAAUCAGAUUCACCCAACACCACCAUGACAAGCAUGGACUUCAAUCUAAACAUGUCCUCCAACCCAGACUUGUUUUCUACGCCAUAUCCAAAGAGAAAUACCAAAGAAGGCCACAGUGGAAUGUCAUACGAUAUCUCCAUGAUGGAGCUCAAUGACUUAGAGAAAAAAUUAAAACAGAAAACAAAAGAAAACACGAAGCAAGGUGUAGCGUUUGAAGUUCGGGAUGAUGUCCUCUCGGGAAGGACUGUGAUGUCAGGACUAACUGACAAUUCAGAUGUGUGUGGGAAUGUGUCGAGGACUAAAUCUUGUGAAGACAACAUUGCGAAGAAAGCAAUGCUGGACAGUUCAGUGAGCUCCCUUAGUUGGUCUGGAAAGCGUCUCGUUCGCUCAGGAUCAUUUUCAGAACUUCCUCAGGAUGAUUCUAGUGAUUGGAUCGAUCAUAAUUCAUUGAACAAUGAUGAAAGCAUUAUCUCUCAAGAUGAGGAGAAGGAAAUAUUAAACUCAUCGGAAGAAAGUCUUACCAGCAAUAAUAAAAACGGACUUAAAAAAGCCAAAAUGUUUGGUGCUCGUGAAAACCUCGCCAACUUAUCUUCAGAAAAUUCAGGGUCCCAGCAAUCAGUAGCAGACUCUAUGAGUGGGGGCUCAACUACCCCACCCCCCUACCUCAGUAAUAACGGGGGCUCAUCUACCCCACCCCCCUACCUCAGUAGUAAUGGGGGCCUUAGUGUGGACACAUCUCCACCACAACCAGCUCCCAUCAAAACCUCUGUCAACAUAUCUACCUCAAGCAUUCCCAAUAAUUCCUCAAAUAACCCAGGAGAGAAUGGACCAUACUCUCUGUCAGGGGACAUAACUCUGGGAGAUGAAGAGGACUGUUAAAGUGCAUGUGUUCUAAUAUCAUCAACUCCAUAUAUCAUUAACUGUGGCAAAAUGAAUCAUCAAAUUACCUUUACCAUAUUUUUAUAUGUUUUCUUUUAAGAUGACAGUAGUAUUUUAUGAAAUUUAUUCUUCUAAAGUACUAGUACACAUACUGCUGGUGGUUCUAUGUGUGUGACUGUUUUGUUUUAACUUCUGAACUCGGUAUGAGUUCUUUUAAAUAAUAUUUCAUAUCUGAUAAAAUUAUGCAUCCAGUAAAUUUUCCCAGUGAUAUUUUUGUUAUUUGAAACUUUUCUUACCAUUUUAUCAAAAAAGAUGUGUAUCGCCAAUAUAGAGUGUCCAUAUCAAAAUUGUAUCUUUAAUAUGCAGCUGUUUGAUUUUUAUGGUGUGUUUCGUAGAAAUUAGGUCCAGGUAUUUUUUUUAUAACAGCUAAUUUUAUUUUUUACAUUUUUCACUGUAAGAGGUGCUCCAAUUUGUACAGCUUUAAAGUCUGAUAUGCCAGUAAUUUUUCUGCCUCUGCCUUCCGAUUCAAAGUCUGUUGCAACAGUGAUUGACAGUAAGAGUUGUCUCUCCUUAUCCAUAUUUGCUGCUACAAAGCGGUAGUGAUUCAAAUCAAAGAUAUACAUAUUGAACAUCUUUAAUAUCAAACAAAGCAGUUUAGAAUUAAUAACGUAAUAAAUUUUUUUAGAAUUAACAUUCCUAUAUUACGUAAUAUUUCAUUUAUGAUUGGAGAUUAUCAGGAUGAUGUUAACAGUAUAUAUAUAUAGUAUUUAUAAAUGUACAUGCAUAUGGGCAUUCUACAGCAAAAGCGCACAAAGUGGUACUUAAUAUAGUACGUAUUUCAAUAUUAACUAAUGUAAAUAAAAAAGCUGGCUAUAAGUCACUAGUUUAGUAGAUUGUAUGUAGAAGAUUGUAUGGCCAAUGUAAGUGUUACAUUCCUGUAGAAGAUUGUAUGGCCUAUGUAAGUGUUACAUUCCUGUAGAAGAUUGUAUGGCCUAUGUAAGUGUUACAUUCCUGUAGAAGAUUGUAUGGCCUAUGUAAGUGUUACAUUCCUGUAGAAGAUUGUAUGGCCUAUGUAAGUGUUACACUCCUGUAGAAGAUUGUAUGCAUGGCCUAUGUAAGUGUUACAUGCCUUCAGAAGAUUGUAGGGCCUAUGUAAGUGUUACAUUUCUGUAGAAGAUUGUAAGGCCUAUGUAAGUGGUACACUCCUGUAGAAGAUUGUAAGGCCUAUGUAAGUGUUACACUCCUGUAGAAGAUUGUAUGGCCUAUGUAAGUGUUACACUCCUGUAGAAGAUUGUAUGCAUGGCCUAUGUAAGUGUUACAUGCCUGUAGAAGAUUGUAGGGCCUAUGUAAGUGUUACAUUUCUGUAGAAGAUUGUAAGGCCUAUGUAAGUGGUACACUCCUGUAGAAGAUUGUAAGGCCUAUGUAAGUGUUACACUCCUGUAGAAGAUUGUAUGGCCUAUGUAAGUGUUACACUCCUGUAGAAGAUUGUAUGGCCUAUGUAAGUGUUACAUUCCUGUAGAAGAUUGUAAGGCCUAUGUAAGUGUUACACUCCUGUAGAAGAUUGUAUGGCCUAUGUAAGUGUUACAUUCCUGUGGUAGAUUGUAUGGCCUAUGUAAGUGUUACAUGCCUGUGGUAGAAUAUGUGGCCAUUGUAUAAAUGCCUGUAUCUGAUGCAUAGUGAACAGUUGUAACAAACAAGCGGGGUUUCGGGCAGUGUUCAAAAGAUUUUUAUGUAAAUAUUAUUAUGUAUAUAUGAAAUAUUAAUUUGUUUUAUUAUAUAUAUUUUAUAUACCUAUUAUAAUAAAUAUACUCAAGUUUUAAAUAUU